UGUCCCUCAUCUGGCGCCGGCGGGAAGUUACCCCACUCUUUCGCGGCAUUUUUCUGAGUUUAACUUCCUCUCUCUCUCUCUCUCUCUUCUCUCUCUCUGAAAAGUUUCUGGUAUUGAAGAUCGAUCGAUCUUCUGAUCAAAGUCUCCAAAGCCAUGCUCGAGCUCAGGCUAGUGCAAGGUGGUCUCCUGAAGAAGGUCCUCGAAUCGGUCAAGGACCUCGUCAACGAGGCCAACUUCGACUGCUCCGCGAUCGGUUUCUCGCUCCAGGCAAUGGACUCCAGCCACGUGGCCCUCGUCUCCCUCCUCCUCCGCUCCGAGGGCUUCGACCACUACCGCUGCGACCGCAGCGUCUCCAUGGGCAUGAACCUCGGCAACAUGGCCAGGAUGCUCAGGUGCGCCGGCAACGACGACAUCGUCACGCUCAAGGCCGACGACGGCGGCGACACCAUCACUUUCAUGUUCGAGAGCCCCAGCCAAGACAAGAUUGCAGAUUUCGAGAUGAAGCUGAUGGACAUUGACAGCGAACAUCUUGGGGUACCAGAUACAGAAUACCAAUCGAUUGUAAGGAUGCCGUCAGUUGAGUUUGCAAGGAUAUGUAGAGAUCUCAGCAGCAUCGGUGAUACUGUUGUAAUAUCUGUGACAAAAGAAGGCGUGAAGUUUUCCACUAGAGGUGAUAUUGGGACUGCCAAUCUGGUCUGCAGACAGAGCACGUCUGUGGACAAGCCAGAAGAUGCUACUAUCAUCGAAAUGAACGAGUCGGUUUCUCUGACCUUUGCACUGCGGUACAUGAACUCAUUCACCAAAGCGACACCGUUGGCUAAUCAAGUGACAAUCAGCUUGUCCUCUGACCUGCCAGGGGUUGUGGAAUACAAAAUCGCAGAGAUGGGUUACGUAAGGUUUUACUUGGCACCAAAACUUGAGGAAGAGGAGGAGAAUGAAACUUACGCUACUAACCGGCCGCCUCAAGCAGAGACCAAACCACUGGUGGAGCCCAAGACAAAAUUGGAAUCAAAGUCUGAGAUGGAGAUAGUGUCGGUUGAGGAAGUUGAUAAUGUAGAGACAGGGAAAGCCAAACCAAAGUUAGAGAUGGCGGUUGUGCCAGUUGAGGACAUCGAUUUUGUGGAGUCAAAGGUCGAGGGCGAACCCAAGUCAGAUGUAGCGAAUUCGUCUGUCGAGGAAAUUGAUGCUGAAGAAGUAAAGCCAAAAGUGGAGGACAAGGCUGAAGACGAAGUCAUGGAUGUCGAACGGUGACACUUGAGAUCUCGCUGCAUUGAACAUCUUCCAACUCCAACAACUUGACCGCAACACUUACUCUCCUCUCUUUUAGGAUGAAGUGAUUUUGCAUUGCAGGAUCAGAUUGUCGCCGGCAUAUGUAGUUACAUAAUUAGCCUGACUGUCGCAGACUAGCUGUAGAAAAGACAAACUUGUUCAGGCAGCACUCUUUAUCUCAACUGGUCAUGCACAUUCAUCCGUAUCCGCGGGUUAUUGAAACGCGGUUGUGACGAUCCUCACAAGUAAAACCGGCUGUCCAGAUUUCCCAAAACAAGUCAUUUAAGGGAACAUAAAUCGACAUCUUCGUAGGCAUACUUGGUUUGACUAAUAGGCCGUCUAAGAAUAUGAUUUGCUAAGC